CAUGGCCGCCCAGCAGACCAUCACGCACGUGUGGCAGCAGCCCGCGGUGGUGCUCGAGGUGACGCGCUGCAUGACGUCGCCCGACGACGUCCUCAACUUCCUCCGCGCACUGCCCCACUCGGCCUUGGACGACGUCCUCUACGCGCUCCUGCGCCUCUUUGACGUCGUGCGCCACGACGCUGUGUGGCCCGAGCUCGACCUCGCCGCCGUGCCCGCGGUCGCACGCGGCGUGCUGCAGCGAGCGCUGCCGGCGAUUCCUGCGAUUCGCGUGAGCAAGUACGUUGACAGCUGCGGGCUCGUGCUGCCGCCGACAUUGUCGGUGGUCGUCGACCACGCCAGCCGCACAUUGGAUGCGCACGCAAGCCCACGCCCGCGCACCGUGAUCAUGCUCCCGAGUGCGUUCUACGACUGCCCGACCAAGGUCGUCGACGUCACGCUCGACCUCUUGCCCGAGAACAACGAAGCCAUGUGCCGAGCGCUCACGUUCUGCACCAACGUCCGCAAGGCCAAGGUGACGUGGGACGAGGUCGACCAGCCUGCGAUCGACGACUUUCUCGGGAUGAUGAUCACGUCGUGGCACCGCGUGCAGCACGUGCACUUUCGCUCGACGCAGUACGAAGCGCCGCUGCUCGAUGACAUCCGCGGCUUCUACACGUGGCUCAGCGCGUCCGAGGUCACGUCCGUGGUCUUUGAGGGCAUCGACUUCUCGCCGCGCGGCGCCGUCUUCCUCGCCUACGCGCUUUUGCAGUCGCCGACCGUCACGAGCUUGGACCUCCGUGACGUGCCAAACCUCACGCGUGCCUUGGUGGCCGCGAACCUCCCGUCGCUGCCUGCGAUGCCGCCGCUGCCGCCGCACCUGACGACACUUCGCCUCCGGCUUCCGCACUGGGACGCCGACCUCGUGGAGGCGUGGGCCAAAAAGCUGGAGAAGGCGAAUCUCAGAGUCCUCGAGAUGGACGCGUCGACAUUAACUGGCGCGACCAGUCUUCUGGCCGCGGCUGCCACAAUGCCCCGCCUCACCGACCUCCUGAUCGCGGGCGACCAUUUGCGGGACCUUCCAAUACUCUCGCAAUUGCAACACCUCGACUUGAGUCGGUGCUCGUUUUCGAGCCCAGCGUUCCUUGCGCUGACGCAGCUUCUAUCGACGACAACGCGUCUCGAGACGCUGAGCCUGCGACGCGCGACGCUGAGUACGUGGCAGCUCUCGGCGCUUGCCGACGUCCUCCCCACGUGGCUGCGGCAAUGCGGCUCGUUUCUCGACCUCUCGCAUCUCGAGUUGGGUCAGCUGGACCGGCUGCGAUCGUGUUUCUACAUGCUCUCUGGGAUGAAGAGCCCGUUGCGGCCAACGCUGCUGGCGCUUGGCCACAUUCGCGCGAUGGUCGUCGCGUCGGCGCUGGCGCAGCUGCAGCCGUCGCAUGCUGCAGCGAUCGAUCUGAGCCACAACAAGCUGCCCGAGGUCACGUUGCGCGCGUGCAUUUCGGCGCUGGCAACCUGCGAGCACGUGACGCUCGACCUGCGCGCCAACGAAGCGCGCUGGGACGACGUCAAGGCCAAGGCCAAGCUUCUUAGCGUCCGCGCAGUCGCCAACGGUGUGUUUGCGUCGCCCGAGACGACGCAUGCGUACUUUACGUCGCCGCGCCGCCCGAGCUGGUACACGUAGACACGACACAGUAUAUAAGUUGGAGAAUAUUGUCAUAUGUACACGAGGGGCGUGGACUUGGUGGAGAGACCCACAGUUGGAUCGGUGCGAAGACCAACGCACGAUCCCGCUUUGCAGCAAUAACGUCAUAUAUACUACUGUGCU